UUUAUUUGUUUUUGGUGUGUGUACGUAAAUGAACUCUGAAAAAAUUCAGAGCGAAUCGGAAUAUAUAAAGCUGCGAUUUCUCAGUCUAAACAACUAUGAGUUACUUACAAUUAAUAGGACUCUUAGUUCUAUUAUCUUUCAAGCCGGCAUCUGCCGGUCGGCUUAUAACUGAUACCGUGUAUCUCGCUGUCGGCACUUCAAAUGAAAUAACUGCAAACAGCUAUGGAAACAAUGUGCUGCGAACAUUCUGUUAUCCGGGUAAACCUCGCUCACUUUUAAGCCUAUUUGAGACUGUGGAACUGGUGCUCUCUAUAGCCAGCGAUGACUACUCCGAAUAUGGCGGGCGGACGCCCGAAGAAGUCCUUGACCAUUACACUGAAAAGCGUUCGCUGUUCAGCUUCACGCUUUUCUCACAGAAGCGGCAAAAUAUCCAACUAUCGCCAUUCGAACAGCAAUGCAUCGGCAUAUCCUCCAAGCAGCCGUACAAUAUAAUCGUCAAACACGCACAACUGGAUAUAUGGCGCCUCCUACAAUUGUGUCUCGGCAUGGCUCUGUUCUGGAGUGCGGGCCGCUUGGCGAAGAACAGUCUCUUUUAUUAUAUGGCGGGUAUGGUGCUUGGGAUUUGCGCCUCGCUAUUGGUCAUCAUCGCCGUAACGUCGAAGUUCUUUCCUCGCCGUCCAAUGAUGUACGGCGUACUAAUCGGAGGGUGGACCAUCGGCUUUUACAUUCUCAAACAACUAUCGGACAACAUACGUGUCAUAUUAAUCACCUAUCGCGAAUAUGUGCUUUGGUAUCUGGUGAUUACUGGCCUAAUAUCGUUUCUCGUCUGCUAUCGCAUCGGACCGCCCAGGAAUCCGCGCUCACAAAACAUUAUUAUGUGGGUUCUACAGGCAGUUGGCUCUGCCAUCGUCUACUUCAGCAGCUGGCAUACUAGUGCGUGCGUUGUCCUCCUGGUGCUCGUCUGCUCAGCCCAUUAUUGUCCAAAUUCGGUGCUGCAGUACGUGCGCAGUUUUUACAAGCGACGCUUUCCGCCCAAACGCCGCCUACUCACCCAGGAGGAGUACUAUGAGCAGGCCGUGAGUGAGACAGCCCGUUCGCUGGCCGAGCUGCGCGACUACGUGAACAGCCCGAAUUGCCGCCAAUGGAGUGUUAUCAGCGCCCUACGUGAUCCGAUGCGCUUUGCCUCCUUUGCCAACGGCGCCCCGCAUUUGUUUGACGAAGAAAUCGAGGACUACUCCCGAACCAUUGAGGACUCUCUGGAAGGUGCUGACGAGGACGAGGCAUUUGACUUUCUUCAAUCCAGCAUGUACUAUCGGCCCACCGGCAGGCUUCGCAAUGCGCACCGCACUGCGUCCAGUCCGGCCUCAUAUCCGAGACGUACCCCGUCCCGUGGCAGGCAGCUAGGCAACAACAAUGUGAACGCACGUAACGAUGAUGAGGACGACGACGACGAAGAUGAAUUUAUGGACUAGGAGUAAACGAACAUCAUAA